CGAUCCUGCUGACCUUGCAGUAGACAAAUUCAGUAAAGCUGCGAACGUUCAACCAUUUUGCAAUUACAGAGCCAUUAGACAAAAUGCUGAGGAGACUGUGCUUCGUUGUUCUCUUCGUUGCCGUAAUUGUGGCUGUAUAUGGAAGCGAUGAAAGAAAGAAGCGAUCCCCGCAGGGAGCGCCACCUCCACCCGACACUAAAUCGUCGGGUGAUGAGACAUCGAGGAAAAAGCGAUCCCCGCAAGUACCCCCGCCUCCGCCCCCACCCGACACUAAAUCGCCGGGUGAUGAGACUUCGAAGAAGAAACGAUCCCCGCAAGUUCCUCCGCCUCCACCAGACACUAAAUCGCCGGGUGAUGAGACAUCGAGGAAAAGGCGAUCCCCGCAAGUACCUCCGCCUCCGCCCCCACCCGACACUAAAUCGCCGGGUGAUGAGACUUCGAGGAAGAAGCGAUCUCCGCAAGUACCUCCGCCUCCGCCCCCACCCGACACUAAAUCGCCGGAUGAUGAGACUUCGAGGAAGAAACGAUCCCCGCAAGUACCUCCGCCUCCGCCUCCACCCGACACUAAAUCGCCGGGUGAUGAGACUUCGAGGAAGAAGCGAUCUCCGCAAGCACCUCCGCCUCCGCCUCCACCCGACACUAAAUUGCCGAUUGGUGUCCAGACUUAG